UACUGAAGAUGGUGAUAGAUUGUAUUCCUUAUGCAAAACGGUGGUGGACGAGGGACCCCAAGUGUUUGCACCUCUCUCUGAAGAAAGCAAGAACAAGAAAUACCAAGAAGAGGUUCCAGUCUAUGUGCCCAAAUGGAUGCCAUUCAAGGAAUUGAUGAUGAUGUUACAAGCCAGCCUGCAAGAAAUUGGGGAUCGAGCCUGAUGCCGGAUGGCCAAGCCCACAUGGAGCCUCGGUAUGCAGAGGAGGGUCCAGGACCUGGGAUCUUCAGAGCAGAGCCAGGAGACCCACUGAGGAGGCCUGAGGCCCAGCAGCAGCCCACCUCUCGGGCGGGGCGCUGGUGCUCAAGGCGUUGCGGCUGCGUGGGGCUGGGCGCCCUGGCGCUGCUGGCUGGUGCGAGCGUCGGCUCAUGGCUUCUCGUGCUGUAUCUGUGGCCAGCUGCCUCUCAGCCAUCUCCCGGGAACUUGCAGAAUGAGGAGAUGCCUUUGAGCUGCUCAGAGGCCAGUGGUGAGGAAGCCCUGCUCCCUUCGCUUCCCAGAACAGUAUCUUUCAGAAUCAACCCUGAGGGCUUCUUGCUGGCAGUACAGGUGAGGGCUCGGCCAGACUGGCUCCUGGUCUGCCACGAGGGCUGGAGCUCUGCCCUGGGGCUGCGGAUCUGCCAGAGCCUGGGACAUCUCAGACUCACUCACUACAAGGGAGUGAACCUGUCUGACAUCCAGCUCAACAGCUCCCAGGGGUUUGCUCAGCUCUCUCCAGGUCUGGGAGGCUUCCUGGAGGAGGUGUGGCAGCCCAGGGACAGCUGCGCUUCUGGUCAAAUCGUUUCCCUCAGAUGCUCUGAGUGUGGGACGAGGCCCCUGGCUUCCCGGAUAGUUGGCGGGCAGGCCGUGGCUCCCGGGCGCUGGCCCUGGCAGGCCAGUGUGGCCCUGGGCUCCCGGCACACGUGUGGGGGCUCUGUGCUGGCCCCACGCUGGGUGAUGACGGCCGCACACUGCAUGCACAGUUUUAGGCUGUCCCGGCUGUCCAGCUGGCGGGUGUACACGGGGCUGGUGAGCCACAGUGCCGUCAGGCCGCACCAGGGGGCUGUGGUAGAGAGGAUCAUCCCUCACCCCCUCUACAGCACCCAGAAUCACGACUACGACGUCGCCCUCCUCCAGCUCCGGACACCGCUCAACUUCUCAGACACCGUGGGUGCUGUGUGCCUGCCAGCUGAGAAGCAAGAUUUCCCAAGGGGCUCACAGUGCUGGGUGUCUGGCUGGGGCCACACCGACCCCAGCCACACCCACAACUCAGACACGCUGCAGGACACGGUGGUGUCCCUGCUGGGCACCCGGCUCUGCAACAGCUCCUGCAUGUACAGCGGGGCCCUUACCCCCCGCAUGCUGUGUGCCGGCUACGUGGACGGGAGGGCCGAUGCGUGCCAGGGUGACAGCGGGGGCCCCCUGGUGUGCCUGGACGGGGGCACGUGGCACUUGGUGGGGGUGGUCAGCUGGGGCCGCGGCUGCGCGGAGCCCAAUCACCCUGGUGUCUACGCCAAGGUUGCCGAGUUCCUGGACUGGAUCCAUGACACUGUGAGGGCCCGCCAGAUGGAGGAGGAGCUGCAGACCCAGGUGCAGAAGGCACGGACCUCCUUUCGCACAAGACAGUCAUCGCCCGCAGGCCAGCCUCCGGGUCCGGGCCUCUCCUCUCGGGCCCUGGUUUUGAGUCCCUCUUUCUCACCAGGGAGCCUCAGUAACAGGAGAGCCGAUGGGGCUGGGCUGGAAAAGUGGGGGGAGGGGCGGGUGAGAAAGAUGCUGCUGGCGGCAGCUGGGCCCCCGCCUUCCCCCCCUCUGCCCUUCCCUGCACGCAUCUUUUGGGAGGAUGCUCGGGGAUGCCCUGGGACCGCUUUCUCCAUGUCUCUCAGGCAAGGAAAGUGCCUCCUUAGAGGAGCCCCUGGCCCCGAGGCUUCUGGGCAGAUGGGGUCAAGGCUGGGCAAGCCCAUGCAGUCAGGAUCCUCCCCACUCUGCAUGUUCUCAAGUGGCUGUGGCUGACCCGACCGGGCAGGGUCGGGGACAUUUAAGAAUGCUCUGGUUGGCCUUCAGUAAGGACUUUGCUUUUAUAACGACAGUUCUGUGAACUGGUUCAAGGACUGCUGUCUUGGAGUGAAGUGAUACAGGUCUCAGUCCCUCAUUUUCUCUUGCUCUGUGUCUCUCUUUCUCUCGUACACACACACUCUCUAUCUGUGUCUCUGUCUCUGUCGGUCUCUCUUUCACACACACACACUCUUUGUCUCUGUCUCUCUUUCUCUCUCCCACACACACAUACACGCUAAAAGGAUAGAAUUACAGUUUUCCUCCCAUACAUGUUUCUUAAAUCUCCGGAUCUGACUCCUGCUCCUCUCUCUAGAAUCUGGGCAUUCACUUAUUCAGUUCUUUACAUUUCUUGAAUCUACGUGUCAUAACCUGCAGCAAAGAGCCCCUGCCGUCCAGAUGGGCUGAUGCACAGGUUUGAGGACCUUCCCCCCAC